AUGUCGCGCCUGCCCAGCGCCGAGCUCAGGGUCACCCUCGCGCGCGGCCUCCUCGUCGGCGGCCACUGCUACGGCCCGCUCCACCCCGCGGACAACAUCGUCGCCAACUCCGUCUGGUACGCCGCCGCCUUCCCUCUCCGCCCCGAGGACAGGAUCGAGGCGGAUGUCAUCUGCGCCCAGGGCACGGACCGCGCCGCCCGCCGCUCGCUCGACGGACUGCUUGCCUGCCUCCUGCACGUCUGCCCCGCCUUCUCCCCCGCCGACGCGCUCUGGCAGCUCUGCCGCUCCCGCGCCGACCUCCGCGUCGCCACCGCCUCCGCUCGCUGCGCCAGACCGUCCCUCCUGCGCACCGCGGAGCCGGAGGUAGUCAGGGCCGCCUUCCAGGUGGCUGCCGAGGCGGCGCGGCACCCCGACCCCGCGGCCUUCGCGCUCUUCGCGUCCUCGGUGCUUCCCUGCGUGGAGCGGGACGUCGCCCGCUUGCUGGUCGGCAAGCGUGGCGGCCUCUCCAGCCUCGACGUCGAUCGCCUCUCCAAGCUGCUAGUGCCGCACCCCCUACCCGAUGAACUGGCCUCAUGCCGCUUGCUGGAUGAUGAGGACUUCAACAACUAUUUCCAUAUCAAUUUCAUGGGCCAGCCAAAGGAGGAUCAUCAUAGCUCUAGCUCUGGUGCAGAACCAGGACGUCCCCUGUUUUUCUUUGCUGAAGCACCUCGUCCUGGACGCCACGACUUUCAGGAAGAGGAUAUCUCCAUUUGCUGCCUUAUUGAACCUUCACCACCGGAUGUUGAUAACUGCCACGCAUGCCUGACGAAUAAAUACAAAAUCAAUCACCCUAGUGCUGAUCCUGUAGAUGAUAGUCAUGAUCUUCGCUUUGGUGGACAGUGCUACGAGAUUGGUGCAAUUGAUCAUGACUGGAAUUUCCGGCCAACUAUGAUCGUCGACUACCUUUUAUUUGAUUCUGACAGGGAUAAUGGUCUCGUGGAAUACCUGCACAAUAAUUUUGCUCGCGUUGAUGCCUACUGUUCCAGUCUAAAGGACAAUGAAAAUCGUGGCCCUAGAGUUGGAAGUAAUUGCAGAUAG